AUGCAGGGCUCGGCGUCGUUUCCCGCUGCCCUUGGCAGUAACCUGUGGAUGGCGAAUUUCCUCGACAACCACCGCGAUGAUGAAGGCGUUCAUGUUUCAUCUUCUAAAUCUCAACCUUCUAAGAACGAAGCGAAGUUCCAGAAGCUCUAUCACAAGGCGACUGCCGAACUACGAAGUGUCUUUCACAAUGACAAAUCAAGCGGCGAUUCUGACAUGAACGGUGAGUAUAGCACUCUGGCUCCUUUGUUACCCUAUCCUCUUGUUCGCAUGUCUGACCUCGAUCUUCUCACAGCUGAACAGCCUACCACCGCGCAUAACGAAGAACACGCCAAGAAGUCAAGUUGGUACGCCAUCUUUAAUACAAAGUCCGGCAACAAGCUUCAUAAGCGAGCUCGCUCUGCGCCAACGAGCCACUACGUUCCCCACGUUCUCGAAACUAUCGGCGAAGAGCCGGAUUAUCACGAGACAGCGGCCUUCCGAUCAUUCUUGAUGGCCGCUCAAGAUAGUGAGAGCGGACCCGAGGCUACUGCCACCGUCCCAGAGAACACUGGUGGUCGUGGUUCUCCAGAUGGCGAUGAUGUUUCUAUCAACACAACCUGUACUGUCAUCAUUCGACGAGCAGUCUUCAAUGACAGCGCAGUAGAAAACCGAACUGAUUCCGAUCAAGAACGAAAGCCAACUCCCCAAAAGACCGAGCGACGCAAGACCGUGUCUUUUGAUGUUGAGCCUGCUAGAGAACUGCCCCAGCCGCCAAUCGAAUGCAGCGGUGCUCUACUCACCACUUCCGUCGUUGGGGAAAUAGACAACAACAGCGCUGACCCGAAGCAAAAGAAGAGGAAGAGAUCCAAGAGCGUCACUUCAAUCCUCUCCAUCAUUGGCAAAGUCAGAAAACUCGCUAAGAAGAAGUCGGCUACCAAGCAGCCUACUAAGCAGGCUGCCGAGUCGCGACGGCCUAUACUUCGCCGCAAGAGCGCAAAGCUUCACGACUCAGAGAAUGAUGAUGUCAACAUGAACGAGACUACCGCUGAUAGCCAUCCUACCGUCCAGUGGAACCCCCCCGAACCAGACAAUGCUAUGGUCGAGUUAUUCAGAAACUUUUCUGGAGCUCUUAAUUUCCCCGAUGACAAUGAAGCCGGAGCACCUUACUUCGUUUCUUAUCGUAAGCAACUAACCAAUUUCCCCGACUUUGACAAGUCUGUCGAAGACCUCGCACCAAGACCAGCUAUGCAACUGAACUUUGGACGAUCACUCUCCCAUUGCUCCUGUGAUUCCAUCUACAACCCCAAGCGAAGAUCCAAGGGCAAUCAUGAUUCUAAGGAGGGAAUCAAAGAAAACUCCUCCUUUGUGGGCGACGAGGAAGCUCACGAUGUUCCUACCAUUGAAACCGAGUCGCAAGCUUUCGCACGCCACCGCCAGUGCAUAGAGCGAAUCAAGGGCAUUUACGAUCGCCAAGGCAUUGAUCGAACUGACAAAUUUCCUGAGUCUGAGCCGUCACUUUAUGAAGAAGACGAACAGCGCCAGCUUCGUGAAAUGACUGAAGAUUUCAAGCAGCCCCCGAAAGAACUUCAACCCGAGGAAAACAAGUCGCAGCGCCAUGACGAAGACCUCUCCAAGAGCACAAACGGAUCUAGCAACAAGGCCCAGGGACAUCUGACCGUUAAUACGACCCCUAACCAAGAGACUUUCGAAGACCAAGUCCUUACGCCUGAAGACAUUGCUAUCCCCUCCAUCGAGGUCCCUCACGAUGAGCAACUAGUCAACCAGGGCAACGAAAUCGCCCCUAAGCCCGAUGAUCUGUCUGUUAUCAAAUUGGAAACCGAUACCGAUACCGAAACCAACACAGACACCAGCUCCGACACUGACAACGUUCUUCCUAACGCGCCUCUGACUACGGCUGCUCUGAAGGACCUUGAGAAUGAGCAAUACUCCGCCUUCUUUAAGUCACUCCAACAGGUUCGAGAGAAGAGUCCCGAGCGAUUCUGCAGUCGCCAAGGCGCUGCGGGUAUACGUGCCUGGAUUAAUCAAAUCCGUGAACAUGAAAAUGACAUGGAACGUGACGAAGCUGCCGAAAAGUUCUUCGAGGACACCCCUUCCAUCGAAGUGAACGACGAUUCCCUCUCCGAGCUUGAUCAUUUCCCCACCAUGGUCGAAACCGUGUUUGCCCUGCAACAUCCCGACUGCCCACCAGUUCGAGGUAGCGAUGCUGAACAGGCGAAGGUAGAUUGGAACGAGUAUAUCAUGGUUAUGGAUUUCGCGAACACAGCCAAGGAGACCCUACACUCACAGGUUCUUUCUUCACUUACUCGUAAUGAACUCAUUGAAGACGAAUGUGAUCGCGCCGAACGAGUUACUUACCUUUAUCGCCAGAAGAAAGCUCUCGAGACCGAAGAGGCUCAAGCCGCUAAGCGCCGCUACGUCCGAAAAGUCUGUCGCCACUUCGAGAGGGCUCUUAAUGAAGUCCAGCGCCGCUCCGAGAUGGUAAAAAAGGAGGCCGACGAUGCCCAACGAUGCGUGAGAUACCUUCAACGCAGCUACGACGAGAUGGAGGAAAGCAUCCACCGAAACACCGAAGCUCUCGGAUAUCAACGUGCGGACAACAUUGUCGACGCUAUGGAACUCAUAAAGAAGACCGAGCGAGAGGAAAACAUCGACAUCCGCCAGGUCGAGCGUCGUGACCUCGCUGAGCCAGAGAGUCCCGACUCCUACGGCGCCUCCGAAUACUACGGCCCCAAGGCUAAGACCAACGAGGAUCUUGAGCCUGAGAACCCGAGCGAUAUCUUUUUCUAA